AUGGAACAUCAGAUACAAUUCUUACCUAAAGAUUCGGUUGAAAUAGACUACGAAGCAUUGCCAGAUGAUGCUUCAUUAGCUGCCCAUUUAUCAGCUGGUGCAUUGGCUGGUAUAAUGGAACAUACAGUAAUGUUCCCCAUUGAUUCCAUCAAAACAAGAAUGCAGAUGAACCUUUCAAGCAAAGAAAUAUCCCGUGGUCUUUUAAAAUCCAUAUCAAAAAUAAGUUCAACUGAAGGGUUUUAUGCCUUAUGGAAAGGUGUGUCCUCAGUUAUAUUAGGUGCUGGUCCUGCUCAUGCCAUCUAUUUCUCCGUUUUUGAAGCAACAAAAACAUUUUUGGUGAAUAGAUUGACAAAUUCCCCUCACCUGAAUAAGAUUGUUACAGACGAAAACCACCCACUCAUUGCGAGUUGUGCUGGUAUCACUGGUACUACAGCAUCAGAUGCAUUGAUGACCCCUUUUGAUAUGUUGAAACAAAGAAUGCAAGCCAGUGCUGCUUACACCAAUUCCAAAUCAAACUCAGUUAAAUUAUUUAAACUAGCUGCUGAUAUCUAUAAGAAAGAAGGAUUAAGUGCUUUCUAUAUCUCAUAUCCAACUACCCUUUUAACAAAUAUCCCAUUUGCCGCAUUAAAUUUUGGAUUUUAUGAAUAUUCAUCAUCAUUAUUGAAUCCUUCUCAUAUAUAUAACCCAUAUUUGCAUUGUGUCAGUGGUGGUGUUGCUGGUGGUAUUGCCGCUGCCUUGACCACUCCAUUUGACUGUAUCAAAACAGUUUUACAAACUAAAGGAAUAUCAAAUAACCAUGAAUUUAGACAUGUUACAGGGUUUAAAAGUGCGGCUGAGGCAUUGUAUAAAUUGGGUGGAAUGUCUGCAUUUUGGAAAGGUUUGAAACCAAGAGUGAUAUUUAACAUUCCAAGUACAGCAAUAUCAUGGACUGCUUAUGAAAUGUGUAAAGAAUUAUUGAUUAGAGGUAAAGGCUUUUAA